AUGGCCUCAAAAUUUGAUAGUACCCAACUCAGCUUGCUCAAACAAUUUGUCGAAUUGUGUAAAACGAAGCCUGAACUGCUGUAUUCUCCACAGCUGAAGUUUUUCAAAGAUUGGGUGGAAAGGUACCGUAACUUAUACGCUUUGUAUCAUUGUAAUAUACUGUCAGAUAACAGGCACGUGCAACUGUACAAUGCCUAGGUGACAAUUUUGAACAGAGACCCCAAGUUAUUGAUUGCUACAAAAAUUUACUGAUACGUUUAAUACGUUGAUAUCUCAAAUAUGUGUAUUUCAUUUUUCCUUUUUCCUGAUGUCAGGUAUGGUAGACCUCCUCGUAAACGUAACGUCCCCAAAAUAUCGAACGCUAAUACCUCAGGCCUUGGCUACAUUUCACUUUCUCGAAACCAUACAAUUUUAUGUUGUUUUUUUCAAAAAUCUGAAGUUUCCCUAGGAUUUAGGAAUUAAUACGACGCUGUUUGAGUAAAAAAAAAACGCGUUUUACACUUGCGAGUCAUUGCAAGCUUUCACCUUACAACCAAGACGGAAGUAGAAGUUGUUUAAACUUCCUGUUUGUUGUAGUGAUCAAUCGAAAUUGUGCACCUUUAUGCUCUCGGUAUUUCUUCAAAAGAUUUGUAUUUUUGUAUGUUUUACUGGAAUGAUAGAUUGUAUUCCUUUCCUACACAAAGCACAACUCUUAAACCCUUUAACUCCCAUGAGUGACCGAGACAGAAUUUUUCCCUACAAUAUCAACACAAUAUCAACUAGAUAGGUGAUGAGAAUAAAGAUAAAUAUUAAUUUGGGGAUAAUAAGUUGAUCCAAUACUAAAUUCUCUGAAUUAAUAUCAUACGAAUUGUAUGGUUGACUGUAAGAAGAAUUACAAAUUUGAUGUGGGAGUUAAAGGGUUAAGUUCACACUCAAAGCACAUGCGAUAACCCCUCAAAUGAUGAGCACAUGGAAUUGCGAUACGUGUGCAUAUGCAAAAAAAACCCCUGACUACCAUAGGAAGCUGAUGCUCAUUGUUGUUAACUCUGUUAAAUUGCAUUUAGCUGCAUUAUUUUAAGGUGUUUUGGUGCCAUUUUUACAAAGGGUAGUUAUUUUAUAACUUCCAAAUGUAGUGUUUUAAUUAUUUGGAUAUGGAAAACUAGGUGUGAUUUGUCUGUUGCCCACAUACACAAAAAAUAGUUGUUGCACUAAAUCCUAAAAGAGUAAAUCCUAAGGUUGAAGAAUGCUAUAGGGUAUAAUUUACUUUACUGCUGAUAGAAUUUCAGUGAUAUUCAAUGAAACUUGACUCAACAUCAAUAAGGGAGGACUGCUCUAAGUAUUAUUUUGAGAACAUGAUGGUAGACAGUUUAGUCUAAUUACUCUUUACAAUAUUCUUCUUUUAAGCGUGGGAGGUAAGAUUCCUCCACCACCAGAAAAACCUAAAGAACCAGAACCAGAACCACCUCCAAAAGCAGCAGAGGAGCCUCCAAAAGCAGCCAGGAACCUCCAAAAGCAGCUGAGGAACCUCCAAAAGCAGCUGAGGAACCUCCAAAAGCAGCCGAGGAACCUCCAAAAGCAGCCAAGGAGCCUCCAAAAGCAGCCGAGGAGCCUCCAAAACCAGCCGAGGAGCCUCCAAAACCAGCCAAGGAGCCUCCAAAACCAGCCGAGGAGCCUCCAAAACCAGCCAAGGAGCCUCCAAAACCAGCCGAGGAGCCUCCAAAACCAGCCGAGGAGCCUCCAAAACCAGCUGAGGAGCCUCCAAAACCAGCUGAGGAGCCUCCAAAACCAGCUGAGGAGCCUCCAAAACCAGCUGAGGAGCCUCCAAAACCAGCUGAGGAGCCUCCAAAACCAGCUGAGGAGCCUCCAAAACCAGCUGAGGAGCCUCCAAAACCAGCUGAGGAGCCUCCAAAACCGGCUGAAGAGCCUCCAAAACCAGCUGAGGAGCCUCCAAAACCAGCUGAGGAGCCUCCAAAACCAGCUGAGGAGCCUCCAAAACCAGCUGAGAAGCCAAAGGCAGCUGAAAAGGAUAAAGAAGAACCAAAGCCUGGUGCUUCACCAGAAAAGGUAUAAUGUAGAUCAACUCUCUUUAUCUUUAUAAAUGUCCAACUUCCUGGGGAGUAACAGUGUUCUUGUUUUCAGACGACACCUGAGAAAAUUUGCCACCCAUAGUAGUCCUCUUAUUACCACUUAAAAUUGCUUGUAAUUCUUGCAAAAUUAUCCAGUUAAAGGAUUGAUAACAGUUUGAAAAUUUAUAUUAACUGUCAUGCCUAAAAUAGGGGAGAACACAGGAGUAGAGGUGCGUAAGAUGAUUUAAAGAGAUUGGGCAAUUUAAUUGAGGCAGGAUUGCACCAAGGACAUUUCAACUUCCUCUAAAGAACCAGGUCUAAAUUGUUUAAACAGGAAUUUAGAGUCAAUAACAUAUUCUGUCUUAGAGCUGAUUUAUCCUCACCUUUUAGUUAAUUUUAACAGGUGAUAAUUAAGUAUGAUAGUUUUUUUGGAAGAUAAUUAUGGUAGAACUCCACUAACUCGAGCUCCCAUCGGAAACAGAAAACAGGUUGAGUUAGCUGGAGUUUGAGUUAUGGGGUGGUGUUGAAUAUCAAAAUCAACAGCCUUUGUUGUACACUUAGUUUCUUUUAUUAGAGAUUUUUUGAUAUGACUGUUUAGUUUGGAAAGUUUAGCUAAAGGUAGUAUGUUUUCAUAAUUGCAAUUAAAGAUUAGGGUAUAUCAUUCAACUACUGGUAUGUCCUGGCUCUUUGACGUUUAUGGGGUGACAUUUUUUAUUAAAGUCCAAGUUAUCAGCCAAGGGAAAGUAAAAUUAUUGUGAGAUAAUGGGGAGUUCAGAUUAACUGAGUUCAAGUUAGCUGAAGACAAUGUCAAAUACAGGGGAAAUUGGAUCCUGUUCAAAUUAGCAGGGGGUUUGAGGUAACCAAGGUUGAGUCAAAGAGGUUCUACUGUCAGUAGUAAGAAAAAAGCAAAAAGAUAGAAAAAUUCACUUUUAAUCUUAAUGGCUCCCCUUUGCAGAAGGCUGCAGCAAAAGAACCUGAGGACAGUGAGAGUGAGGAAAGCGAUGUUGGUUAGUCUUACAGUUUUGAUGCAGUAUUUUCUUUGACACUUUGUACAUGAGAUUUUCAAAGAUGGUCAAUAGAUAACAUGAAAUUCCUUGCUUAUGACUGCAUGAAAAUAUUUCCUUUCUAACUUUUGAACAGAAAUUGACAAAGAAGGAUGUCUUGAACCAGACAAUGAUGAACCUCAGCAAAUGGGAGAUGCAAGCAUUGAAGUAAUAUUUCUCUUUUGAACGUUAAAUUAUUUUGUUCCCAUGAAGUAUUGAAUAAUACACAGAUUACGAAGCCAGGCUAUUUUGAGUCAAUAUUUUUCUCUGGUAUAGGGUAUUGUGAAAAAUUAACAUUCCUUGUUAGACUGCUCAGUGUUUUACAAGCAGCCACCCUUGUCAAAAUGGUUGUAUUUCCAAAUGGCCUUCUUUUCACAAUUAACCCUUUACCUCCCAUGAGUGACCAAGAGAGAAUUUCUCCUUACAAUAUCAAUACAAUAUGAAGCAUAGAAGUGAUGAGAAUAAAGUAAAAUACCAAUCAGGGGAUAAUUAGUUGAUCCAAUACCAAAUUCUCCAAAUUGAGAUCAUAAGAAUUGUAUGGUAGACAGUAAGGAGAAUUACUGAUAAAAUCUUGGGAGUUAAAAGGUGAAAUGAAAUUAUCCAUGUUGGUGUCCUGUAAAAUGAAGAAAUGGUAGCAAUGAAGCCUGAACUUUUUCAGGCUUUGACAGUAUAUGAACUUCUACUUCCUGGAUACUAGUUGGGCAUUAGUACCACCUUAGCAGGAGGCCACAUGUUGGAGCAAGGAAAAUAAGGCUUCCUUUGCACUACCUUUUUUUGAAAAUGGAACAAGUAAUUAACCCUACUUACUUUCAGAGCAAUUUAAUGACCUGUUUUCCCAAAAUUGGAUUUAUUUCCUCCUUAUGAGUUAAAUGCUAUUUAAACUGUACAUGGUAUGUUAUGCUACUUUCAUUUUGGAGUGCAUUUCUGUGAGUGUCUUAAAUCAAAAGUAGAGUAAUCACAACAGCCAAACAGAAUGAAGGAAAUAAUUUAACAAGGUACCAAUGAGAACUCCAAAUAAAAACAAGCAAACUGCCUGAAAUUUAGGGAAACUUGAGUAACAAAAUUGUGAUUGGUUUUAGAUUUUAAUCUGAGUGGUUCAGAAAAAGGCUUACUUAAUAUUUAAUUUUCUGAUCUGAUCACUGAGCAAAGUGGAACAUUACCAAAGCAAUUGCAGAUUCCAACACUCCAAAAAAUUGUCCUUUUGUCUUAGUUAUUGAACUAAUAAGAUGGGUUGAUUUCUAAGGUUACAGAUGAAAUGAGGGAGGAAUCCUCCACAAAGAGAAUGGAAGCUAUUGCAGCAAUGAAUGAAGGUUUGUCUGCUUUCUUAGCAGCUAGUAAAAAACAUUUCACAACUGAAUUUGUGGCAUGAGUCUCCAAUUGGACAACUUGUGUUGUUGUUCUCAGUGUCCCUCUCCUCUCAGGAGUAAAAUGCUGGCUUGUAAACUGACUUGGCCUGUUUUUCUUUUUUUUUUUACACUGAUCAAAAUGUUUCCUUCCCUUACAGGAAACUUGGAUGAGGCACUCAAGCUUUUUACUGAAGCUAUUGUUAAGAAUCCAUCUGCAAGCAUGUAUGCUAAACGAGCAAGGUAUAAAUUUAUAAUUUAUGACUAAGUUUUCAACAGUUAAUUAGUUCUUGAGCCAUCACAUCAUAUGAAAAUGAGAAUGGGAAAUAAUUUUUGGCAAUUGAUUCCUUUUAAUGGCAUUAUUUCCAGUUGUUUUAUUCGCAUGAAGAAACCAAAUGCAGCCAUUAGGGACUGUGACGAGGCUGUAAAGAUCAACCCUGACUCUGCCCAACCGUACAAAUGGAGAGGACGAGCACACAGGUUGGUAUCAAAUUGUUCUAUUCUUUUCCUAUAGUUCUUGUCUAAAUUCUAUGAAAUGUUACACCUUUAUUGGAUCAGUGAUUAUUUGAUCUGACUAACUGAUAAAAAAAUGAGGCCUGAACAUUACUUGUUGGUGAGCACAAUUUUACAUGUCGGGAAAGCAUCAUACCUACAGGUCUGUUUUCUUCCAUUCUGAAAUUAUCGGUCAGAGGGAAAACUGCAACCACUGGCUGUACUUUUUAAGUAGUAACCUUGUGGUACCACCAAAGAAAAUUCCUUUUUCAAGAUACUCUUUUUUCAAAACCAUCCAAACCAGGAGAGCUGUUUGUCUCAGACUUUUGGGUUGUCAGUUAAUCCAAAAUCCCAAUGUCUUUCAAACCUAACAAAAUAUAUUCAAUGUAUUGUUCUCAAGACUCCUGGGUCAUUGGGCAGAGGCAGCCAAGGAUCUUGCCAUGGCAUGCAAACUGGAUUUUGAUGAACAAACUGAUGAGUGGCUGAGGGAAGUAAGACCAAAGGUACUGAUUUUUUUGUAGUUUUAAUUCAUUUUAUAUUUAAAAUAAUUUAGAGAUAGAAAGAUUAUGGGCAAUUAACAAUUGCUCUUGAGAAUUUUAACAAAUCUCUCAGUUUAUAGGAGAAAAAAAAAAUUCUGUUUUCAUUCAAAUUCAUUUGUCGACUGUCUUUCAUUGCAAAGUUAUUGUUAGUACAAGUGUAUAAAUUUACAUUACUGAUUGAUUUGAAUUAUUUUUUUCUUGUGUGCAUGUAAUACCUAAGUUGUUUUCUCUGUUUAAUAUCAACAUGUUAAAAAGCAAACCAACUCACUUUCUUCAUUCAACUUUAAAAGAAUUCGGGGGAAGGGGGGAUGGGGGAUAUCAAAGCUUCAAAUUGAUUGGUGCAUAAUUUUAAUUGGAUAGAUUGGCUUCUGUUAACUCUCAAUAUUGUAGGCUGGCUAUUUUAUUUAUUUUAAUGAUCAUUAGUUUGAUCUUAAUUGUUUAUAGAUUUGAUUAAGCAUUUUGUCAUUGUGAUUUACUUAGGCACAACUUCUACUAGAGCAUCAGAGAAAACAGGAACGGAAACGUCUGGAGAAAGAAGAGAGGAAGAAAGAAGAGAAGAAAAAAGAAGAGAAGAAGAAAGCAGACAUGUAAUAGGAUAAAGACUUUUAUUAUAUAAACUUUUGUGUUUUGCAAAGAGUUCCAGCCCUGAGAGAAAGUGCAACUGAACAUGUGUAAAACUACAACAAUUUUUUACUUGUGAUUGAUAUUACCAGUCAGGUUGUUGGGUUGAUGAAUGAACGACAAAGCAUUCACUUUUCUCAAUCCAAGGUCACUCGUUAACAUUCCUUGUCAGAAAAGGCUUAUGGUGUCUUUACAAUAAACAGAGUUGUUGUUCUUAUGUUCAACGCAAAGAGGAAUUCCAUAUCUAUGCAUGCUCAUGUGUCUUUCUCCCUAUGUGCAGUUAUCUUUUCUGUUUUGUCAUUGAUUUGUACAGCUGUAAUUUGGCUAUCGCGUAUUGAUCUACACAUUGUUUUUAACAUUCCUCUCAUCAGGAAAAAGAUGAAAGAAGCUCAAGAAAAAGCUAGGAAGGUAAGGUGUCUCCAUAGGGCCAGUCUUUGUAGUUUUUAGAGCAAUUUUGAACCAAGUGUUGAAAGGUAUUUGAGAUUGCUGUCAGUUGUUUUGGCUUAAACCUUAAAUAACAACUCUUCUCUUACAAGAAAAGUUGCAAGAGAGUGUAAAUGAAAUUUAUUCUAUAGCUAAACCAGAUCUUGUCCCCAUAAGGGUUAGGAAGGGGCAAUAUCAUCACCAACUAAUUAAUCAUAGAAUGAUCUCAGAUAUAACAAAAAUGGCUUAAUUACCUGAACCAGAACCCAAAACAAGGACACUCAGAUUAUCCACAAACUUUAAUGGAGGGACAGAACUGGAGGAGGUUAAAUAAAUUGCAUCAAAAAAGUGUCAUUCUAAAUUUCUUCAAGUUUUUUUGAGUUUGUUUAAAAUCUAUGAAGGUCACCAACUGCUCUUUAUUCAAUUUCCUGUUAUCAAGAGCAUAGCUUCUUACGCGAGUUUUCGCUCAUGCUCUUUCCUAUACUUCCUCUUACCUUAACAGGAAGAAGAGGAAAGACAAAAGAGGCAACAGAGGCAACAGAGGCCACAGGAGCGCACAACAUUCCGUGGUGGCUUUCCACCUCCUGACCUAGGGGCAGACCUUGGGGAAGACGCAUUCCCUCAUCCUGAGCCAGGAGGAGCAGCCCCUGGAGGUAUUUAUUCUGACAAUUCUAUCAGAAGACAUCCUUUUUACUGUUGAAUAGCAAUGUAUACAUACAUAUUUUAUUGGCUCGUCCCCACUGGGCUUUUCAGAGUCGAUGUUACAUUAAAUUCUCAAAAAUCCCAACUGACAGGAGUCAGAUCAGUUGGAUAUUUACACCGCGCAGCCAAGGAGUUAAACUCGGGGUGACCGAGAACAAAUCCAGUGAGUGGCAGGAGGAGGACUUGAACCUGAUAACAAGUCCAGCGCCCUAACCACCUAGACAUAAAGUAUUGUGUCUAUGUAGUGGAACUGUACAUAUUGGGCAAAUUUAUAGUUGCAAAUAUCAAGGAGACUGGAUUCCAUAUUAACCCUUUAUCUUCCAUAAGUGAUUAACGCGUAACUCCUCCUUGUAAUAUCCAUACAUUAUCCAGCAAACAGGUAAUGAGAAUACUCAAACUCAUCAGGUUGAAGUUGCUAUCUUAAUCUAACACCAAAUUCUUGUAACUUAUUUACAAGGAAAUGUAUAGCAGGUGGAGGGGAGAAUUAACAAUCUUAUCCUAGGAGUUUAAGGGUUAAGAGUCAGAAGAACAAGGCCAUCGUGCUUUGUGAUAAUCAUCCCGGGAAAUGUGAUUAACUAAAGAGACUCAGAAACUCAGAAAUCGUUACUACCCCAAAGUUUUAUACUGUAAGAUUCGUUAGAAUUGUUGAGGGGGGAAUAGGGAGUGGGGAGGAAACAGUACUCAGUACUCGUAAUUCCUUAAUUUCCUUCAUGCCAUUGUUCCAGGUUCCAACCACGAGUUCUUUGACAAAUACUGAUGUGAAGUGUGGAUCAUGGAAGCUCAAUAACCCACUUGAGUGAAUUCAUGUAAUGCUCUAAUACUCCGGUUGUAUUUUUGAAAUUUUCAGGGGCCGAUACACCAAACUUGAACGAGCUUCUGAGUGAUCCAGAGUUGUUGGAAGCUUUCCAGGUUGGUACUAAAUGUUGUCCGUGUCGUAAAUUGUGUCACAACCUCAAUUUUGAAUCGAGUAUCGAAAGUGAUCCUGGUUUGUGUGUUUUCUUACUUCACCACGCUCUUUGAAUGGUCAAGAAUUCCCUCAUUCUGGCUCAACUAGAGACUCUCUUUUUGAUUUUCAGGAUCCUGAAGUGAUGGCCGCCUUCCAAGAUGUGAGCCAAAAUCCAGCAAAUCUCUCAAAAUACCAACAUCUUCCCAGAGUCCAGAUGAUCGUCGACAAACUCGCCGAGAAGUUUGGUCCCGCGGGAUCUGGCCCGCCACCUGAUACUAGCGGGUUUCCCGGGGGUGGUUUUCCCGGAGGUGGUUUUCCCGGGGGUGGUUUUGGAGGUGGUUUUGGAGGUGGUUUUGGAGGUGGGUUUGGAGGUGGGUUUCCUGGCGGGGGUUUUGGUGGUGGCUUUCCGGGCGGAAUGCCAUUUGGGAACAUGUUUGGCGGCGGGCGGUGAAUUACAAUUGUGAACUCGAAUUUACUUUGGAUUUUUUUUUUCUUUUUGCUGCGCAAAAGCAAAACGUGAAACAGUAACUAAGUAUUGUAGUCUUAACGACACGAAUCGCUUUGCGUUUCAAAAUAGAGCGACCUCUUUUGUUAAAUGUAUAGCCAACCUCGUAAUAGCCGAGGGCGAUAGUGAGUUUGCAAUUCUACUAUUUCUACCAGAAACCGAAAGGAAGGGUCAGUUUGAUCUGGUUAAACUACUUAAAAAGUGAGGUCAAUUUACAUUAUAAUUUUCAGUUCACAAUUGAACUUUUAGCCCUUUAUACCAACAUACUUAGAAAAGCCAUAGGCUGACGCAGUUUGCCGGAAUUGUUCCUUGGGGUGCCUGUGGCAUACCACAAUAACAAAAAAUCCGGCUGGGUUUCUUUUUCAUUCUUACUAAAUUGUAACGACCACAAAACUGAAAAAAGGCAAGAUUAUUACAUCGUUAACAAACUUCUAGCACCAAUAAAUUCAACACUUAAUCUCAAAACAAGUCCUUAAAACAUAAUAAAUGAUAUGUGGUUCCAAGAAAUGAUUCGUCCUUUUCGUUGAAUUUAUUUGCAAAUGCGCCUCUUCACUCACACACUAUACCCUUUUGUAACUUCUCGAGGAAAACAUAUUCCUCGUCUCCAUUCUUCAGAGAACUGAAUCAGGAUUUUCACAUCGAGUUGGAUCGCGGCGUAGGGCUCCAGGGUAAUGCAUAGCAUAAUCUUUAAAUGUCUCGAAACUCAAAUGGAUAUUAGGUAAUCAUAUUUCGAGCCCUAGUCACAGUCUUUUCAUGAUGUGCUUUCAAUCCUCCCAUCUAGAAACAUCUUUACUUUACAGUUCACUCAAUGGCAAGAUUUCCGCAUAACCCUAAACUUCAUAUGCAUACUGUUGUUUGCUUAACGAAAACCACGGAUUGCUUUUGAGACUUGAGCUUAGUUUUGGAAUAGUAUAAGGUUCUAUGGAAACAUUUCCCGCACAGGUAUUUCUUAAGUUGUUUUCUCUGUUACCAUGCCAAUAUUUUGUUAAAGGGAGUAAGUUUCUAAGGAAACUGUGGUGCUGCGUCGGGGGGAGAGUAUAACUGGUAAUUUAAUAUUAUCAAGUGAGUUGUUAACGUAAAUUGGCCACCGAAAAGAGUUUAAAAGAUGACGUUUCCAGCGUUAGCCCUUCGUCAGAGCGAUUGGAGCAGAUCAGAACAAUAUUUUGUUAAAUGUGUUUCGCUCCGAGUUGAAUGUACUUUUGCUCAACAAACAAUCACAAUAUUAAGUUGUCUUUUAUCUCCCCUGUGUAAUCCUGACCUUGGUCCGUUAAAGGUGACGUCAAAGGUGCAAAUGGCAAACCUUUUAUUGUGCAUCGCGUGUAAUGUUUCCGGAGAACAAGAUGUGAUCGAAACUUCGCACUUGCUUAAAAAAUUGAUGUUUUUCUCGUCAAAACGUUUAUUUCUUAAUUUACAAUCUAGAUCACAAUAGUGGUUAUUCAACAGUAAAAAAAGCAUUGUCUUGCACUUUAUCUCAGUUGCUCCGUUAGCAAGAUGUUAGCACCUCGACUGACACUGAUAGUGGAUCGUGCGAUGUUCGCUUAGUCAGAUAGCUUGAAGAAUAAUUUAAAGUCAGCUUGAAUGAUAUGGCCCGAAAACACCUUGAAAGAAACCGAAAUUGGACUGUUUCAGUUUCUCCUAAGCGAAGGUUACAAGCGCAAUGACCAACGCCAAGAAUCAUCUGGUACAGAGAGGCAAGUGAAAGACCAAAGUAUGAUGCUGAGUGUCCCAGAUAUUACGCUGACACCCAGUUGUAAUUCGCUGGAACCGUCUCGAUUUAGGACCAGACGAGCCAGCUUUUCAGGCGUUCAAGACAUCCGGCUCUCGCGACCACGAUUUUCCACCAACACCACCUCGCAAUCACAUCCCCCGGUUCUUAAAGAGAGUCGGUCUUCACCGGUCUCUGUUAUUGAGAUGCAGCCACAGCGGACGUCUGACCGCCGAGGAUCCGUAGGUCAACGCCGACGGUCGAAUAGUGUAUUUGCGAAGGGUCUGGUACAGCCUGCCUUGGUGCUGUUAAGAGUGAGACGUCGGAGUAGAGCUUUGAGCUCAAGAGAGAUCAAGUUAUUAAGGGUGAGUUACAACAGGUUAUCGAGGUUUGUAAAGCGUCAGGAUUUUUUGAAAAGGUAUCUAAAUUUGUCAGUUCAUCAAUAAGACCAGGAAAAGUACGCUCAUCUACCUUCAAGGGAAGUACAAGACCCAUACAAGGACUGGACUACAAAAAGAAGCGGAAAAGGAGCCUAAACGGACUUCUAAACCUUUCUUUAAUUCCAGAGACAAUUUGGUGUUGUAUCAAGGUGACAUCAUCCACAUAUUGACUUCGUGUCUUCUUCUCACCUGUUUGCCGGAUCAUGUGCUGAGAGGAGAAUUUUAAUUUUCGAUCACUGUUAACAGCUAAGAGCUAAUCCUUUUGCAUUGCACUUACAUAACGCACUCCGAGAAGCCGAAUCAUGUGAAAGGUUUUUAAUCCUGAGCAUAAUUGGUUAUGGAUUUCCUCUGUGCUCUAGGAGGAAGUUAACACCUCGGUUAAACUUAGUUUCUAAAAUCAAUCCAAAGCGUUUUCCUAACUGUACCCGUGUAACACUCGAAGUGGGUUUUGUCAACCAAUUGUGCGUCCGCGCAGGCGUAUUUCUGGUCCAGGUUGUAAACAGGUUGCGUGUGCCGAUUUGCCUUCAGUUGCCUUAUUUUUGUUCCCAAACGUUGAUCGUCACACCAACGCGCGGAUAGUAGAGAGAACCUGGGUGUUAAUUGAUUUCCGACACGAAAAUUGAUUUUUCGAUUGGGAAAAUACCCUGACUGAAUUUUGAACGGUAUGUUACGCCAUACCUGGGAACAAAGAUUGCCACGAUAUGUUAUAAACAGAUGGAUUAAUUUUUACACCGGAAUGAACACUUGAAAAAUCCGGAAGCCUGAAAUUAGAUCAAAACACACCCUCGUAUUUAGGUACAGAGAGCGAAAUCCAGAUUUCGGUGCGAAACUUAUUCCUUAAACCUUGUUUCUUGACGUUAUAAUUUUAGUUAAAUCUAGUUUGAUGAAUGCCACAAGCCAAUAGAUUAUGUUCCUGCCUUUGUUUAUUGUUCUGCCAGGAUUUGAGCGCACGCAAUUAUCGUUCGUCACGACUUUACUGAUAUCACGCUUUGUUGCAAUUAACAAGCCAAAAGAAAUGCAGUUUCUAAUUUAAAUUAAAGAAAAGGUUGUUCUCGGUAAUUGUUUGUUUUAUUUAGAUUUGAAACAAAUUAUUGUUAUCACGAAAACACUCAAAAAUGGAGAAGGGUUUUUAUUGAAGGGUCAAAGGUAUUUAACCUCUCUACUCGGAUUUCUCUGGCGUGUCAGCUCAAAAUUAUAUCCAAGGCGACAUGUGAUACAGUUGAUGUACUUGCCUCUUAGUCAUAUUCCCCCAGUUUUGAGACUUUUCAAGGGUUUAUCCUUUCCUUUCAACGACGUCAAUGCUUCCAUCGUUUGAAAAGAGACCGUAUUUGUUUUCAAAGCGAGAUACAAAUCCGAACUGGCGAGAAUUAAGUGCAGUUAAGAACGUCAUCAACGUUACAGACGUCGAUUGUUCAGUAACCGAGCGUGAACGCGCUAAAAACACUAAAUCGCGAUUACAUUCUCGAUCAAGUCAUAGACACGAUAGCCUUCCUACGAUAAAAGAACCGUCAGCCCCAGAUUUAACACGAACUUCGACACCAAGCACAGCAGCGGUAAGCGAUGAAGGCGGUCAGUUGCUUGGAUCGAAAAACGAAAACGUCCGUUUGUGCAUCAAACGAUGGAAGAAAAUGGGUCUGAGCAGAUCGAAUGCGUCCACCUUUCAUUUCGAGGUAAGUAUUUCAUCAAACAGGCUAUAACCGCAAAGAUAAGGUUCUAAACAAUUUUAUUCCGUCGUAUUCAUUUAAUAAGCUUUUUCCUUGUCCUAAAAACAAUUGUUAUGGCUCAUGUCUAAUACAACGGCUGGGUGAACGGCUGGGUGUAUCAGUAUGCCACUUGGAAGUUAUCAGGAAAUUGAGUCUAUCAUUGUCAAGGCAAUAAUUGUUUAAAUUUUUAGGUUAAAGGAUUUCUCAAGCUCGUAAGUAGUUAACGUAACUGCUUCCUUCUUCAGACGUAAAAAGAGUUUGUCUCGAACGAUACGAUUAGUUCGCAACAAUAUAUUUAGGCCGGGGUAACAGAAAGCCGUGGCACAUGUCAAAACUUAACGAUUGCAGCAAAGAUUUACCUCAACUCAGGUUUAUACGUUGUGUUUAUUUUAAUGUCAUCUCCUUUCUCGUACUGUCGGUCUCUCAUUUCCCAAGUAUACUUCGAUUUAAAAUAUUGAAAUUAUGAUAUCUUUCUAAGGUGCUUGAAAUAACGUAUAGCGUAUGUAGGUGCCCCUUGAUUUUGAAGCCGAACUAACUGUCAGUCUCGAUGUGAAAUGAGGGGAAAUGAACUCUGAGGUUGUUGGUGAUGAUCGCGCCGAAAUUUUAUAAGCGCUUUGCAUUGCCGAAGAGCAUUUCCUUUCAAAUGAAUCAAGAAUAAUAGAACAGGAAAAGCAUAAACGUUAGGCACAGUGUGGAUUCAUUUUAAAAGCGCUUGGGUCUUAAAGUUUGAAACGGUAAACCGCAGUUGAGUGACUAUAAUUCAAUGUAAAACAUGGUGCGACCGAAGAGGAAUCAAAUGGCGUGGUGACUUUCCGGUUACUACGGUCAGACUGUCUCAGAAUAUUACCCACCGAAUAAGCUGGGAAUUUUGAACAAAUAGAGAGCGCUCUGGGCCUGAAGCGCUCUUAAAAAUAAAGCAUGCAAGUAGGGUAUGAAGAUUACUUCAGUUUUCUUCAUUCUCCUAAUUUUGGUGUCCCAGCUGCAGCGGUGUGGAGCCCAUCCGGGCUCGUUAUGCCGAGCAAUACGAGUUUAUUGGUUAUCAAAUGCUACAUGACGUAGGCCUUUUAUUUGCAUGGGGCCGAUUAUUUAUCAUCAAAGUUUAGCCGUUGUCUAACAAAACGGCGUUCUAAACUAUUUUGAAUUUAGCCGAAUCUUAUAUCUGAACAUUCAUUUUUGUGAACAGUGUCAAGCGAGCCAAAGGAUAGUAGUGAAAGGAAAUUUAUUUAGUGAAAAAAACCCUCUUAAGAGGAAUACAUAGAGCACACUGCUUGCGUAACGCCGCGGUUUCGGUUAGACCUCGUAAAAAUAACCGGCCCUUAAUGUCCAGGAUUUAAAUGGUAAACUUACAGUACUUCUUUCAGCACUGACACAGAUAAGUUUGUAUCUGGCAAAUACUACCGUAUUACUACACUUUUUCUGGCAGAUGUGCGCACGAAAUAAUCUCUGAUCUGUAUGUAUAUUUAGUCUUUAUUCAAUUAGUUAAAUAGUUUGCUUUAUUUCCACAGCCCCUGCAGAGUUUCAAAAAAUUAGCAAGAAUAGUGCUGAUUGUGAUUAGACUUGGAAAUGCUCUUAAAAGGUGGGUUGCCAUUUAUUUUCUUUAGGAGAGUCAAUCUCGAGGCGUGACAUGCGAUGAAUGUACCAAGUAAAUCUAAAACAAAACUGAGCGCUAUGAAAUAUCGGCGCUGAGGAGAUUUUGUGUAUUUUCCGAACGCUGAUCUUAAAUCCGAAAUAACACGGUUACUACUUGCGCGAUCUCAUUGUUAAAAGCGCUUAAUAACAUCAUUAGCUUUUAUUAACAAGCGCAUUAUUUUUCCAUCUAAUAAUCGAGUGAGAGCAACGCGAGGCAAGCACGGAAACGCGAAUGACGCACGACACAAGGAGCAAUUUUCUCCUUUUUUUUUGCCCUCCUUUACCCAGGCGUCGCCCAAUCUUCACUCUCUUUUGGAGAACGCAUCGUUCUCUCCCCGUUCUCGCCCCUCAAUCAACUUGACAUCGAUUGACAACAAUAACAAAUGAUGCCCGUUUUUCAAGCUAUAUUAUCAGUCUCCUCUCAGUCUUUCGUUGAGCAUAGCUGAAUAUCUGAAGAUAUAGUAUACAGAUUAAAAUGGAUUCAUGUGCCUUUUUUGUUCAGUGACCCCAAAGCCAUUUUCCGCGAGGAUGGAAUUUCUAAGUCGUUACUGGAGAUCAUGGAAGGCUACAUGACAACAAGAGAAAAACACUUAAAGGGUGACAAUAAACAGAACAUUCCUGGUUUCUCUACUUCUGCUCUUGUGUUUGACCCAAAACAAUUCAAGGCCAAUAAAGAGGUACACACUAAAUGCGCUUUAAAUCAUUUAGUUUAAAUAAGCAAAGAUUAAUGUUUCAUGUCGGACUCCCUCUACAGAUGACAACACCCUUCAAGGGACUCAAAUUGUUUAACCCCAAAUCAAAAAAAGUGUUUAAAAACGAUUUUGUAUCUAUAUCAUUGAAAAGGGACAUCUCUAUUCAGGGAACACUUUUUCUAUGUCCCCAAGGCGUUCUGUAAAUGAAAAUUCGCUUUUGAUGGUUCGGAAAGAAUGCCAGCUAUUCAAGAGGCCAAUCUCACGCUUCCUCUUUAGUCAAACACUAUUAAUUAAGAAUCGACAGGUAAUAAAUGUAGGCAAUGCAUUAGAAAAUCGCUGUCAUUAAAACAUCAGCCGAUGGUCAAAAGCCGGUGUUCACAUUUGCAAGUUUACAUUUUCAAGUUUUUUCUGGUUUUAUUGACAGGUAAAGAUUAGCAAGGAAGUCAAACAGUUGUUAACCACCCGGCCAGAUGUGCGCACAAGCGACCAACUUCAAACUGUGAGUUACCUUUACAUUACUGAAAGUUGAAUUGAAUCGCUGUUAUUCGAGAAGUAGGCUUAGGGGAACACGACCUAUUUGAAGGGGAUAUAAAAAACAUUGAAAAGAAUUCAAUUGUUUGGAUAGACAACGACACAUGCAGGGGAAAAUGUUUGUCUCGAGAAUACUUUUGUACUCACCCGCCGAAAAAACAAUGGGGUCCCUUUAGAGAGAGCUGCAGGGUAACUUGUGUAUGCUUCAACUGAUGAACUUUACACCGAAUCAGUGGGCUCCUACUGAAUGUCGAAAACAUGUUAUCGCUUCUAAGGCGCUUUUAAGUCGCAAAUUUAACAAAAUAAGUAAAAAUGAUCUCGUAGUAGGUCACACUUCUUUCCAUAAGACGUUUGUUCAUGUCAUUUCGGUUGGUUCCAACAGGUGUUGUACGCUCUUCAAACCUUGGAAUCUUUCUCUGAGCUCCCUCUCCAUAUGCAACAAGAUGUGUGCAAAGUUGCCUGGUUACAAAGGUAUAAAAAAAAUCAUAUAAUGGUUUUUUUUCUUCUUUAGAAAUGUAGUGGUUCCCUCGUUUUUAUUCGUUAAAAGGUCAUGUUAUUUGAGGUUACAUACCGUGAACAACUUGAAGCCUUUGUCGCGGAAUAAACAAGGCAUUUUGUCGCAAUUUCUGUAGCACGCUUUGGAAGUUUUUCGAAACUUGGCGUUAAAUCAAUGAGAAAUUUCUGUGAUGGUUAAAUUAUUUGUUGGCUUUUUUGUUCCUCAGAGCCGUGAUCGACUUCUUUCGUUAAAAACCAAUCCUUUUAAAUUUGGUUUGUUUUUUUGCUUUCUUUCAAGCCUUCCCCCGAAUAAAGUUAUCAUAAAACAAGAUCACGUGGCCGAAAACUUUUAUUUCAUCAUCAAUGGAACGGGUAAGUAACUGAUGUUAAAUCCUCGUAACGCUCUACAAAGUCAGUACACCCACAGCUCAUUCUAAAGGUUAACCUCUCGCAGGUUUCAUUUCACACUCCUCAGACUGCCUCCAUGCAUCUUACCAAAUCUCAUACCUAUUCUCAUUUUACAACCUCGAUAAAGAUAAGUUAUGCGUUGCUUUGUUGGCCAUAACGGCUAGAGAAUAUUUCAUUAGCAGGUUCCUUAAAACAUAGAGCUUUGAUGGUAGCUCCUCGAGCUCGUUGAGUAAUCAAUAUGGCAUGAGUUGAAAUCGCACGCGUUGAGGAGAAGAUACGUGAGUAAUAUUUAAUUAGAGAUCGACUGAAUGGGGGACGGUACUGCUAGCCGGAGUGAAGCUUAUUACGGAAACACAAGAAGAGGUCGUGAGAGAGGAAAUGUGAAAUCAUCGGUAAAGAAGAAAUACAUAAGACAAGAUAAAGAGUGUUCUUCAAGGCUUUGCACUUUUGCUCCCUUGGGUGUUUGACUCUCGACAAUCAUCUCCUCUUGCUUCAGAUACGAUUUACCCAAACUCGAAUCAUUUGUUGUCCUAUUGUGAGAUUCUGCUCAUUAAUAACUGUGUUUUUUAAUUUCCGUAUCACAAUGUAGUAACUGUGCUAUCCGAAAAUGAUCCAACAAAGGACUCGCCAUUUACGUCUUUGGCAACACUGAAGAGAGGAUCCAGUUUUGGAGUAAGUAGAAAAUUCAGUUUAUCUAAUCGUCAACAGGUUUUCAUCUAAACCAAAACCAGCCAUUGUUUGGUUAACACCCCCGUUUCAAAAAAUACGACUGCAUGUGCAUCAAACGUUAUUAAGCAAACUGUCUUAUCAUCCACAUAUCCGCUGUCAUAUGGUGAGGUGUGGAGAAGUGACAACUGUGCUGAGAGCCACUAUCUUGUUGAAAAAAAUUUACAAACUUUGGUGACCCACCUACCACCAUUCAGUACUCAUACUGAGGCUGACUUUUUUCAUCACCAAAGUGAACUAUUGAUUUCUUGAGAGCAAUUUUUGUGAUGCGUCGGCGGGCGUGUAACAUUUUCCGAUUAACAAAUGUUUGCAAGCUCGCUAUGGCCUUCUAUUCUAGAAAACUCGCUGUGGCUAUGUAAUGACCGCAAGUCGCGAUCAAGAAACAGCAUUUUCACUGCGGACUGAAACAACGCGUUACUGCACUGCGAACCGAAACAGUUUGCCAUACGCCAAAGUAUUUUCCUGUUGCCAGGAGGAAGAGAAACUAGAGUAGACGUUAGUGAAAAAAGUGUUGGGAUCAUUACAGGAGGCUCAUCAGAUAGUUUCUUAGCACUGGCCUUUCUGGAGUCCCCUCCAAUCAGUGCUGCAUUAUCACUCUUGUUACCUAAAUACUAAAAAGUCUACCCACCUUUCCUUUCAUAAACACCAACAUUAAAUAUUUCAAUAUCAUUUCAAUUUUUUUAGGAGACGGCCAUUAUGAACAACGUCCGCAGGACAGCAUCUGUGGUCAGCAACGAUCCUGUUCAGCUCUUAGUAAUAGGAAAGGAGGUAGAAUCUUAUUACAAGAUCACAGUUACACAGAAAAAAAAUCCUUAUUUAGUUAACAAAGAUCAAUGGUAAGAAAAAGAAAGUCGGUUUUCGUUGUUUCUUGUAGGAUUAUAAGAGAAUUUUUAUGGGUCAGACCAAAUCAGGAGAAGAGCCUGCGCAUCUCAAAUUUUGCAGGUAGACAAAUCUUUUUCAUGUAGAACAUCAUUUCUCAUUUUCCUCGAUCGGUUUGCUUUUUCCAUUUUCGUCCCAGGAGUUCUCUUUCGCUCUUUUGCAUCCUUUUUCAAAAUGAUUCCCCUCCCCCCCUCCCCUCUUGAAUUCACUAGUAGAAACCUUUUCCUGGGACUUGCUGUCUCAACUCCUUUCCUUCCUUAAAUGCCUUCGCCAGUGGAAUAAUGCCUUAGGCGGGAAAUCGUAAUAAAAGCGCUUGGAGAGGCCCCUCAUAUUCACACUGGGCACCAAUCAUCCAAAAAAUGGAACUUUUUGUUCACGUCGUUCAUUUUGGCGUAAAAUCCAUCGUAUACCACUUGUUAAACGUGCAGUUCUGAAUAUAUCCACAGAUUUCAAUCUUUUCAUGUUGACUUUUCAGAAAUCUAGACUUUCUAGCCGACUGGCCGGUUGAUCUACUACUUGCACACCCGGAAAACUGCCUUUUUCAUUACUUCAGGUAUGCUACGCAAACUGUGUACAGUUGUUACUUGUGAAACAGUCUCUAAGGAUAGCUCAAUUUUUUUUCACAUAUAUGCAUGAUAAUAACUGAACACACGCCAGCUCCCUGAUUGGCUGGCUGACUUAAUGACUGCCUGAGCGAGUCACUCACUCAGUCAAUCACCCACUUACUUGCUCUCUGAAUCACUGAAUGACGUCCCAAAUUACGGAUUGGCUGGCCUCACUAAGAGACUGAAUGCUUGAAUGAUUAAACUAACGUACGGACUGGAUUGGCAGACUACGAACCGACGGACUAUCCGGACUAUCCCUGACUGACCAACUAAGCGACUAGGUGACCAUUUGAGUAACUGAUCUGAAUUACCGACUGGACAAGAUCAACUAGCCAAUUGACUUAUCCAUGCACGCGCUGACUCACUGACUAAUAAACUGUCAGACCUACCGAUGGACUGACGGAUCAGCGGACGGACGAAGGGGCCGACUGACUAACCGACUGACCACUUAGUGCACUUUCUAUCUGCUUUCUUGCUUGCUUCUUUGAUAAAUCAGUGACAGUUUGGUGGAGAGCUCGCUUUGUCAACUGAUCGAUGAAACUGACCGUUUCUGUGACUGAAACAUUGACUAUCUUUUUAUUUUUUUAUGCUGCAUUUAAGCUUCGGUUCGUCGAUUUUCUUUCACUCCUUUCUGACUAAUAGAAUUCUUAAUCCCAUUCUUCUCUGUUACUUUGAUUUUUUUCGUUUGUGCGUCCUGUAAUUUUUCCUAUAUUGUCAACUUACCGACGUUUUUUGUUUCAUGAAAAGAAGAGGAACAGUGAUUGUAAAAGACAGUAACAAAUCUGACUGGCUAUACGUCAUUGUCUCGGUGAGUCAUCGUGGGGGAGGGGGAGGGAACAUUUUAUGACUGAUCUGCAAAUUUACACCGCCGCGAUUAUUUUCCUCCAGACGGGAAAUUUAAAUCGGGUGAACGUCGUAUACCCUCAUUAACCCUACAUUCACAAUCAUGAUGAUGCGUCACUGACAGAAGGUAUCGAGGACAUUUUACCCCAACUACGCCAUCGGCUAAUUUACCGCUUAAGGUUUUCUACUCUUGAUAUUCGAUGGUCGACUGCUAGCGUCAUCGAUAUCCUCUCACAAAUACCUAGAGCUUAUGCAGCGAAGCCCCACGGGGGGGGGGGGGAAUGCAAAGAACUACUUGAACGACAUUUUGGUAAAUGUAUGUAGGCAUGUACGUUUGGUUUGAUGUACGACGAGCCCCAGAAGGUUGCAAAACGUUCCCCCGCCGACAAUGAAGAUUGGGUAGCUAGGAUCACUAUUUGUUUUUUUUUUUAGGGAGUUUGCCAGAUUCUUUUGAGACUUGAAAUAUCCAAACCAAAGUUGUGUGGAAAAAAGCAUUAUCGAUAUAGCGAAGACAUAACCGCAGCAGAAAAAUUGGCGCAUUUAACGGAGGAACGUCACAGGAAAACUAAUUACUCCGCUUCCAGAUUAAGAAGAAUGCCAAAGAACAUGGACAAAUUAGGUGGGUGGAACGGUGAGAGAUAUGAGGCAAAAUUCCAUGCUACCUCUUACAGUCAUCAUCAUUGUUCCCUUCUCUUCUUAGGAGGGGAAGAUAGCGCUUCCUCCACUCUAUCUCCAGGGUCCCCCCCUCUGUCUCCAGACUGCUUGUUCUUUCCCCUUGGGAGGGGGGAGGGGGGGCCGGGGGGAGCUGGUGCUGCCUCCUCUCUAUCUCCAGGAUCCUCUCUCUGUCUCCUAUUUGUCUAGACUUCUCUUUCUAUGUCUUUAGGCUUCCCCUCUCCGUCUCCAGACUGCUUUUUCUUUCCCCGCUACUGCUUGCUCUUUAUUCCUUAGGCUGCUCCCUUUCUCUCCCCAAGAUGCUUCCUCCCUGUCUCCAGGCUGCUCUUCUUCUGUCUUUAGGCUGUUCGCUCGCUCUCUUCAGGUUGCCCUAUUCCCUGCAUCUGAGCCUUGCUACUUCUACUGCUCAAUCUCCUCUUGAACCCGUUCAUGCCUAUUUCUCAUUUUAGAACGGCAUGAUAGUACAGGGCUUUGUAUGGUGUCCGCUUGAAAAAGAUUUUAGUGCGAUCAGCCAGAUAUAACUUCUGCUUGAGUUUUGUUUUGUUUUAAGUCAGGUCACAGUCGCACACCAAGCAAGAGUCUAAAGCAGUGAUGUGAGAGAGAUGACAAGCUUAAAGAAAAAUUGAUUUUUAGUGUAGUAAUUUGGUUUUUUUUCUUAUCACCAGCUUUUUCAAGAUACCAUGUGGAAGGACGUCGCACAAAAUCCCUUCCACCUGUGGUAUGAAAAAGACUCAAUGACUCCAUGCAGGCGCACGUUUUUUGAAAUGAUGUUUGCAGAUUAAGAGAGAAACUAGAGACUGAAAAAAUGUCAUUUCCCAAUUCUAAUGAGCACAUGUUUAAACGAAUUCAAAGGCAGCUAUGUUUGUUAUCUUGUUUAUGACAUUUUCGCUUUGCUUCUUUUAUAUCAACAGUUCCCCGUCACUGAAGUGUCGUCCACCAAUAACAGUCAAGUUAGAAAACAAACAGCCUUUGUGCAGUUGGGUCUUCUUCAUCCUAGGAGUGUUUUCGUAAGUAUUGUCGUUUCCAAACUGCUGACUGAUGGAUCCCUUCCUUUACUCAUAUGCCCUCUUAUUCCACUAAAACGUAUUUUUGUUUGUUCGUGUUCCUGUUUCAAGGGUUUAUCAACGCUUCCUAAUUUUGAUGAAGACUCUCAGCUCCUUCAACAAGCCAGUGUCAGCCUUGUGAGUAGCUAUGACAUAGUUUGUAAUUAUUGGCCAAUCUAUGGGUGAAUAUCAACAAAAAAACAUUCUGGUAGAUCCUUCCUCCACCUCUGUCUUAGAUUUCUUAAUUCUCAAAGGCUGAGGAAUAGAAUUAGUCUCUUGUUGAUGAUGAACUUUGCCGAGAUUUCUGAUCAAAAUUUUCGUUUCCGCAACGAAACUUCGCCUGCGAGGCGAGUCACAAAAUUCGAACUAUUCAGAGUAAUGAAACGGUGAUGGCAAGGAAAUGAGAAAAUGAGCCGGAGAGACCUGUUUUGGAAACAGUCCACUGAUCAGUAAGACUUGCCACAACGACUGACCGCCCACUAUGACUGAGUAGUACAUGAUAAGUAUCAUGAUUAUAUUCCUCCACUCAACUCCAUUUUUUCCAAUGCAUGGCAAUUAUAAUUCCUCCCCUACCUCACCGAUAUACCCCCUAACAAGCUUUUCAAGCCCAGGGUUUGAUACCGGAAUGGAACAUUAAAAGCACUUCUUAGUUUUCAUUCUGCGAACUCAAACUCAAACAGAAAAAUACUUUCUGUCUCUGAUUUCAGGUCAGUCGAGGAGCUGAAUGUGUUAUGAUUUCUAAGAAGUUCUUCAUAAGCCAAGCAAGCGAGCUAACCAAAAAAUGGAUCCGACAUAAUGUAAUUAUAGACUUCUAUUUUACCUUUAUCUUCAAACGUCGUUUAUCUAAUUAUCACUCCCAUUGGGACCUUAAAUGGUGGAGUAUCUUACGUGCUUCGGUCGAGUCUCAAAAUACAAAAGGUUUACGACUAAAGGUUUACGACUAAAGGUUUACGACUCUGAGGCCAUUAAAACUGAGCUCACUAUAAGAUUGUAUAACCUGCCUUAAUCCUUUAACUCCCAGAAGUGUUUGACAUGUAAAUUUUCCCUGUAAUAUUCAUACGUUAUCCAGCAUACAGUUAAUGAGAAUUUUCAAACUUAUCAAGUAGAAGUUGAUAUCGUGAUCUAACACCAAAUUCUCAAAACUGAAUUACAAGGAAAUGUGUAGCAGCUAGAGGAAAGAAUAAGCUGCGAUAGGAUGUUGGGAAUGAAAAGGUUUAAAGCCGAAGAGGCACCAAAGACUGGGACUGAAAUGAUGGCGGAGGUUUUCUAAACCAAGCACAGAGCACAUUUCGGCAAAAUUGGUGUAAUCCUGGAUCUAAUCUCGUACCCACGUCCUACCGUGUAAUUUAACUGGACUGUUUAGCCAUGGAGGGUUUGAGUAUGAGAUUAUCCCGCAUCACCUUUCGACUCUGAGAUCAAAAAUGCCUUUGAAGACAAGUUUUGUUCUAAGAUAGAAAUUCCGAAACAUUGGUUGUCAUUGGUGUUAAUUCUGCAGUUCUGACUAUGAAAUGAACAGAUCUAAUAUCUUAAGCAUUAAAGGACUAUCACUUACUUCGUAAACUUCAGUUUUAAGAAGGGAGUAAAUUUCUAAAGAAAUCGUGGUGUUGCGUCGGUGGGAGAGUAUAAGAAGAUAAUUUGGUAUUUUCAACUGAGUUGAUAACGUAAAUUGGCCAUCGUAGAGAGUUUUAGCUGACGUUUCGAGCGUUAUCCCUUCGUCUGAGCGAAUGACGAAGGGCUAACGCUCGAAACGUCAGCUUUGAAACUCUUUACAGGGGCAAAUUGGCAUUAUCAACUUAGUUUAUAAUACUAAAUUACCCUGUACGCUUUUUUACUUUGUCUCAUUUAAGGUGCGUUCUUACCCGUCAAGAGAGACGCUUCAAAGAAAUCUUCAAGAAAGGAUCAACUGGGAUGCUUACAAACAAGACGUGAUACAAACUGUUAUAGCUAGAUGAUAUUCAUUUUGGAUAUGGAAGAUCAUUGUGAGCCUACCCAGUCACAGAAAAUCUUGUAAUCUUCAAAAAUUGUUCCAUUUUUAGUUUCAAAAAACGAAAUGUUGACCUCCUUCAAUUUGUUUUGAUUUGUUUCGUUUUUAAUUACGGCGGUAUUAUUAUUUCUCUUAGUUAGAGCGUGUGCUUUUAUUGGCCAAUUUAGCGAGCCGAAUUUCACUGUAGGGUCCACUUAAUUCAAAGGUUUAUCUGAAUUCAAAUCCUCCCCCUCCAUUUGAACUUUACAGGUAUAGUUAACACUUUACUACCCUAGUUUAUCGGUCCGUACUGUAAGUUACGGAACCUCAUAUUUUCCGCUUGGAUUUAUGGCCCUAGCGCUUCGCGCGCGGGCCAUGAAUACGUGCGGAAAAAAAUUCGGUCCGCAACUUACAGUUUGGUUACUCUGUUAGUUAGAGGUAUGUUUGAUAUACUUGACUUCGCCUUAUCUUCUCAAGCAGGAUUGGUUCUUAGUUUUGGCUGAGUCGUGCUUGACGCUUUGAGUUUUAAAAUAGCUCUGUAGCAUACUGUGUUCCUGAAUGAUCUCUUCUUAAAAUUAUGGCUAGAAACAAAACAAACAAAGCGACCGUCCGUUUUCAUAAGAUUACAUUUUAUUCAAGCCGAAUGUUAACUGAAUGAUGAGCUUAAUAGUGCUGAAACACACUGUUACCAUGACACCCCAUGAGACACAACGAAAAUACUUCUAAACAGUGCACACAAUUACAAUUACUUCGAUCGCCUUGAAAUUAUCGUUCCUGUUCAUCGAAAAGCAUCAAAAAUAGCGGACGUUGGUAGCACUGUGAG